AUUUAAUCAUACCGAAAUAGAUUCACGGGCUCAGAGGAGGGACAUGUUAAACAGAACACAUAACAAACUCAGCCUCUAAAUCAAUAAAGAGAAAAUAGAUUUACAUUUAACAUUUCAUGUUUGAUGAUAACUAAAUUCAUGCAUGAUAUAACAAACACCCAAAGAGAAUUAGAUCCCAAUGGGUACUUGUGCGUCUCUUUUGCGUGGUAACACCGCCUUCCUCAGAAAACCCAAGCACCUUAAAGCAUCCUCCGCGAGCUGGCACCACAGGAGAUCGCGUCGAUUUAAACGUCCUUCCAAUAUCUUGAAAGAUGCAUCCGGGAAUGACAUAUUUAGUCAUUAUAAAUUUGGACGGGAGCUGGGGAGGGGAGAGUUUGGUGUGACAUACGAAUGUAUGAAAAUUGAGACUGGAGAGAAGAUGGCAUGCAAGAAGAUUUCAAAGGAAAAGUUGAGGACAGAGAUUGAUGUACAAGAUGUGAGAAGGGAAGUUGAUAUUAUGAGACGUUUGCCUAGUCAUCCAAAUAUCAUAUCAUUUAAAGAUGUUUUCGAGGAUAAAGAGGCUAUAUAUCUUGUGAUGGAGCUUUGUAAAGGUGGUGAGCUCUUUGAUAGGAUUGUUUCCAGAGGUCAUUAUAGUGAAAGAGGCGCGGCUCGUGUCACAAAAACCAUGAUCGAGGUUGUUAAGGUAUGCCACGAGCACGGCGUGAUACACAGGGACUUGAAGCCUGAAAAUUUUUUGUAUGCAAGUGAAGAUGAAAAUGCUCCCUUGAAGGCAAUUGAUUUUGGCCUAUCUAUAUUCUUUGAGCCUGGUCAGAACUUUAGGGAAAUUGUCGGAAGCCCAUAUUACAUGGCACCGGAAGUUCUCAGAAGAAAUUAUGGACCAGAAGUUGAUAUAUGGAGUUCAGGUGUUAUUCUCUACAUUUUGUUAUGCGGAGUUCCUCCAUUUUGGGCAGAAACUGAACAAGGAAUUGCACAUGCAAUUGUGAGGGGGAGACUAAGUUUUAAACGGGAGCCCUGGCCCAAGGUUUCUGAAGAUGCAAAAGAACUUGUCAAGGGUAUGCUUGAUCCGAAUCCGUUUAGCAGGAUGUCAAUUGAAGAAGUUCUUGGACACCGAUGGAUCCAAAAUGCCGAUAAAGUUCCAGACAUUUCUCUAGGAAAUGAUGUCAAAACAAGAAUCCAGCAGUUUUCAUUGAUGAACAAAUUCAAGAAGAAAGUUUUAGGAGUUGUAGCUACAACCUUGCCAGAUGAACAAAUACAGGAUAUAAAAGAUAUGUUUCAUAUGUGGGACACUGACAAGAAUGGAGAUCUGACACUCGAAGAGCUAAAGUCCGGCUUAAUCAACAAUGGCCACAAUGUUUCUGAUCUUGAUGUUCAGUCGCUAAUGGAAGCUGCGGACCUUGAUGGGAAUGGAACGCUAGACAUUGAUGAGUUUGUGACAAUUGCUGUGCACAUAAAAAAGAUCAGCAGCGAUGAACAACUUAAACAAGUGUUCAGCACAUUCGAUAAGAACCAAAGUGGAUACAUAGAGUUUGAAGAGUUGAAAGAAGCUUUGUUUGAGGGACAUCAAGAACCUAACUGCGAACAAGUAGUGCAUGAGAUCAUACACGACGCUGACUUAGAUAAGGAUGGUCGGAUUAGCUAUCCAGAAUUUGCAGCAAUGAUGAAAAAUGGAAUGGACUGGAAGAUGGCGUCCCGACAGUACUCCAGAGUAAUGUUGAAUGCACUUAGCAAAAAAAUGUUUAAGGAAAAAUCUGUGAUGAAAAAAUAAGUUAGAAAAUGAAAAUGUUGAUCAAACUUACACCACCCGACAAUCAAAAAAGCUGAAGAGGGACAUGUCUUAUUACAUCUUUUGACUCGUAGUUAAACAGGGGGAAGUCGAAGUUAGAGACUUUGUUCGAACCAGGAUAUGCUAGGUACGUUUGGUUAGCCGGAGUUUAGAACGGUAUAAUUGUGCAACUUGGAAGACAUAAAGACAAAUGCAGUUUUUUCCCCUCAAGUAAACAAGUUGAUUGGAUCUAGAUCUCUGUGAGGCUAUUAGGAGGCAAACUGCAGACCAUUAUUUUAAUUCUGUUGUUUAGCUGGUUCUUGUAUAUUUAUGCUAAUUAAUAAUUAUUUGUGUAGCUUUAUUAGGAUUCAUCUUGAUUAAACAAAUACAGUGAAAUGAAGC